GGAAUUCCGGGAAUUUGUCCUGGGGCCUCAAGAAGCCGCUGUUUUUGGAAAAUGAUUCCCACCGAGGCAAGAAGACAUGUGAUAUAGCCAGUAAAAUGCAUUCGUGUGCAUCUAUGUAUGUUUUAUAUCUAUUUUAAAGGUUGAUAUGUCGGACCUCUCCCCAGAGGAACAAUGGAGGGUUGAGCACGCACGCAUGCAUGCCAAGCACCGUGGCCAUGAAGCCAUGCACGCUGAAAUGGUCCUCAUCCUCAUCGCUACUUUGGUGGUGGCCCAGCUGCUCCUGGUACAGUGGAAACAGAGGCACCCCCGCUCCUACAAUAUGGUGACCCUCUUUCAGAUGUGGGUUGUUCCCCUCUAUUUCACAGUGAAGCUGCACUGGUGGAGGUUCCUAGUGAUCUGGAUCUUGUUCUCUGCUGUCACAGCUUUUGUCACCUUCCGAGCCACCCGAAAACCUCUAGUACAGACAACCCCAAGGUUGGUUUAUAAGUGGUUCCUGUUGAUCUAUAAAAUCAGCUAUGCCACAGGCAUUGUUGGCUACAUGGCUGUCAUGUUUACCCUCUUUGGUCUCAAUUUAUUAUUCAAGAUCAAACCAGAAGAUGCUAUGGACUUUGGCAUUUCUCUCCUCUUCUAUGGCCUCUACUAUGGAGUUCUUGAGCGAGACUUUGCAGAAAUGUGUGCAGACUAUAUGGCGUCUACCAUAGGGUUCUACAGCGAGUCAGGCAUGCCUACCAAACACCUCUCGGACAGUGUGUGUGCCGUGUGUGGGCAGCAGAUCUUUGUGGAUGUCAGUGAAGAGGGCAUCAUCGAGAACACAUAUAGGCUGUCUUGCAAUCAUGUAUUCCACGAGUUCUGCAUCCGCGGCUGGUGCAUUGUGGGAAAGAAGCAGACAUGUCCUUACUGCAAAGAGAAGGUGGAUCUCAAGAGGAUGUUCAGCAAUCCCUGGGAGAGGCCUCACGUCAUGUACGGGCAACUGCUGGAUUGGCUUCGAUACUUGGUAGCCUGGCAGCCUGUCAUCAUUGGCCUGGUGCAAGGCAUCAACUACAUCCUGGGCCUGGAAUAGUCAGGAAGAAGAGCAUCCACCCACUAUGGACCUCAGGGCACUCUCCUCCCUGCCCUCCAAGACCUCCUGGGUGGGAAAGACUCAGAGGGGCACUUGGGCCACUCAGGACCCCUCCGGCUGUGUCCGGGCUGGGGAGGGAGACGAUGGAGAGCCAGCCAGUGGGGCUGUCAGCAGUGGGGGCUUUUUAAAAGAAUACUAUUUUGAUGAAUAUAUUUAAAAACCUUUUUUAUUGUGGA